AUGUUCAAUAUCACGAACCACGAUGUCGAUUGUGGAGGAGCUAAGACCACUAUCACAGAUGAUGGACGGCUGAAUAUUAAGGUUGAGAAGCCCGAAAUGAUGACUAUUUCACCUCAUUGGCGGCGUCCAGCUUACAAGAUACGCGAUACGGAAACAAAGAUUCAAGAAUGCCACGCGCUGCCUUCGCUCAGCAUAGUGAUCCAAGUUGUUGGGUCUCGUGGAGACAUACAGCCUUUUGUUGCCCUUGGACUUGCUCUUGCCCGAGCAGGACACCGCAUUCGAAUCGCAACUCAUGGCACAUUCAAGGAAUUUGUCGAGACUCACGGCUUGGAAUUUUUUAAUAUUGGAGGCGAUCCAAAAAGGCUCAUGGCGUAUAUGGUAAAGAACCCUGGGUUAAUGCCCAGCAUGAACAGCCUUCGUAGUGGAGAUAUUCAACAAAAUCGAGCAGAUAUAAGAGAAAUCCUUGAUGGUUGCUGGCGAGCGUGCUUUCAGAGUACAGACGAGGACUCGAAGCCUUUCUUUGCCAAUGCGAUUAUCGCCAAUCCGCCUUCAUUUGCACAUAUACACUGUGCAGAGAAGUUAGGCGUACCUUUGCAUAUCAUGUUCACGUAA